CCUGCUAGUAAGGCAACAGGCACACCCUGAGCACAGCCUGGCGCUUUACAUUAGCAACUUCUCGUGAGUUCAGCACAGCUCCAGCUGCCACCAUGCCCGUCAAAGGAGGAACCAAGUGCAUUAAAUACCUGCUCUUUGGCUUUAAUUUCAUCUUCUGGCUUGCAGGAACUGCUGUUCUCGCAAUAGGACUAUGGCUGCGGUUCGAUAGUCAGACGAAGACCAUGUUCGAGUCGGAUUCCAAUCCAAGUUCCUUUUAUACUGGAGUCUACAUCUUGAUUGGUGCUGGAGCCCUUAUGAUGUUGGUUGGUUUCCUCGGAUGCUGUGGUGCAAUUCAGGAGUCAGAAUGCAUGCUGGGACUGUUCUUUGCUUUCCUCCUGGUCAUUUUUGCAAUUGAAAUCGCUGCAGGAAUCUGGGGUUUUGCCAAUAAAGAUAAGGUGGUCGAUGAGCUGCAGAAGUUUUACGCAGACACCUAUCAAAAAUAUUUAGUAUCCAAAGAACCUUCGCUGAAAGAAACCAUAAAGUCAAUUAAUUUUGCUUUGAACUGUUGCGGCUUGGGGGGUCCUGUUGAAGCUAUGUUAUCAGAUACUUGCCCCCAGACUGGCUUGGAAACAUUGAGUGCCCAGAGUUGCCCAACUGUCAUUGCAGAAGUUUUUAACAAGAAGUUUCACAUCAUUGGAGCAGUUGGCAUUGGAAUCGCUGUGGUCAUGAUUUUCGGAAUGAUCUUCAGCAUGAUUCUUUGUUGCGCCAUCCGAAACAACAGGGAGAUGGUAUAAUGGAAGUGUAAAGUCAACCAAAGCUUCAGAAGGGGGUGGGGGAGGGGAUAAAGGGAUGAAGUCAGUCUUAGUAUUUUGAACAGCCUUUUCUAAAAAAUAAAGUUGUGCUAUAUUUUUAUUUUAAUGCAAGGCUUUCUCAUUGGCUUUAUUGUUACAUAUUUUUUUUGCCUUUUUUAUAAAACGCUCACCACUUGUCUGUAUGUUUCAGAUGUUCAACCAAUGAUACAAGGUACCUGAUUUGUUGAUAGGUUAAAUUCUUAUAUAUAUAUUGUAUAUCUACACAAGGCCAUAGCUAGUUUAUUCUGGUUAAAUCUGUCUUUCGCUUUUCUUAAAAUAAUAAUCAAAAAAUGUAUAACUUAUGUUGAAUAUAAUUUGAUACCUAAUUAGAAAAUAAAAAUCCUGUACAAAG